AUGUCGCUGAAGGCCCCAUCAGCUGCCCAAUCAGCAGGCAGGGAGACGAUCAAAAGAGCCUUCAAAGACUUGGAACGCGCAAUUUGUCCAGCUGACUCUCGCGACUUCACAUCGACAACAAUCGGAGAUGUCAGGAGGGCCUCUAUCGAGAUUGAGAGGCAGCUGGCAGCCCGACAAUCCCUGCGUAAUAUGCGGAGGCUGGAGGCGCUUUUCCUAGGUUUGGAGCACUACUCCAAGGUCAUUGAAGUAUUGUGUAAUGGGACGGAUUAUCUGCCGUGGAUAUGGGCCCCUAUAAAACUUAUUCUCAAAAUCUCGAGUGAUUACGUCCACGCGUUUGAGCGGCUCAUCAAGGCGUACUCCCAGAUUGCCGACUCGCUUCGGAGAUUUCAACUCUUAGAGCAAUCUUUCCAGGAUAAACCACAGCUCUAUCCUACCUUUGCCAUCUUUUACGCAGACAUUCUACAAUUCCAUAAAGCAGCAUACAAAUUUGUCACCCGUCGUUGCUGGAAAACUCUCUUCGCGACGUCAUGGGGCCGAUUUGAACGCAAGUUUGAUAACAUUCUCGACGACCUCAAGAGGCACGCAGCGCUCAUCGACAAAGAGGUCAACGCCCACAACAUCCUCGAGGCUCGGGAAAUGAGAAAGGAACUGGAGUCCUGGAAAGCUGAAAGCUUAGAAAGGCUCGCCCGGGAGGAGAGAGAACAAACAGCGCGGCAGGUUCAAGGCUUAAUCACCUGGCUUAGGCUGGAUGACUCGGACCAGAUCAUUCUUCAGGACUCGCUCUCAAGUGUCAGCGUCAACUCCCCAGGGACCGUCGACUGGGUGUUGAAGAAACCAGAAGUGGCUGCAUGGCUCCGACCAACGCCCGACACUCCUUUCCUAUGGCUCCAGGGAGGCCCCGGGACUGCAAAGAGCGUUAUCACUGCUGGACUGCUGAGGUUCCUCGACAGUCAGAACAACCCACUGGUGGUCCGACACUUCUGCUCAUACUCCCGGAGUUCCUCGACACUCUACGACCAAAUCAUCAAGGCUCUGCUUCUCCAGACCGUUCGAGGCGAUGGCGACCUUGUGACCCAUAUCUAUGAAGAAUAUGUCGGGAGCAAACAGGCUACCCUCCCCCUCCUUGAGAAGCUUCUCGAAACUUCUGUUGAAGUGCUUUCCGGGGGCAACAAGGAUCAAAAUCCUGUAUAUAUUGUGCUGGAUGGAUUGGACGAAUGCCCCCAUGACAAGCAGCGUCGCCUCGUUCGAAUGAUGGAUCGCCUGGUGGCCAACGGGAACACCUGCAAGGUCCUAAUAUCCAGCAGGGACACAGUGCCCCUCCUUGAAAAGCUGAAGAGAAGACCAUGUGUCUCUCUUUCGGAGGACAAAGCUAAUCUGAUAGUGGCUAUUACGAAAUUUGCGGACAUGAGGCUUCAGGUCAUGCGCAACAAGUUGAUGGAGCUUGGGAUCUCAGAAGGAGGCCUUCAAGGUAUAGCAACCCAGAUCGGGGUCAAGUCUGAUGGAAUGUUUCUAUGGGCAUGCUUAGUCUUGAACUACCUUGCUGCGAACUUCUUUUACAGCGAGGACGAGUUCAAGAACGCGGUCGACAGCCUUCCACGGGAACUCUCGGAAUUCUAUGACAAGAUCUUGUCCCGCAUUCUAUCCGAUCUCGACUCCCGCUCCGCUCUCCGACUAAGAACAAUGUUUGGCUGGAUCGCGUUUGCCAAACGCCCACUCCGAAAGGCAGAGCUGCAGUCCGCCUUGUUAUUUCACUCUGAAGACCCGAUCGGCUCACGGCCUAUCCCCUCGUAUAUCCUUGAAGUUUGUAAACCACUUGUUGAAGAAAGGAGAAAUUCGACUCUUUCAUUCAUCCAUGGCUCGGUCAAAGAUUAUCUUCAAAGCGAGACUUGUCAAAGAUCCGUUAGAAUUUCGGAGCAAGCGAUUCUCUGGGAAAACGGUCUUGCCUCGUUACGAUGUCUCCGCACCGCAUUCAACGUUUUUAACAGGCAUUUCUCUCAGAGCAGUCGGAAUUUGCAACUUCUCCGUGGAGUAUGGGGCUUUAUUCCUUAUGCUAGUAGAUUCUGGUGCGUUGGAUUGCGAGAGAUGGUCUCGUUCCCAAUAGAAGAUUGGGAUCCUCGAUUUGAGGAGAUAGCCGCACAGAUAUCGGCUGCAUUGGCAACAUCGCGACCUGGUCAUGACGACCACGCUUCGGGACCGACCGUCAAGGAACUCGAGAAGAUUAGGUGUUUUUCGAGUCUAUGGUAUGAUGCUACUAUUGGCUUGAGAGCUCACGCCGAGCGACGGCUGUUGCCUGGCGACUCAGAACUGGGAGGCACGUUGAUGAAUCCUACCCAUAUUCACAACAUUUCCGAAAACUAUGAGAUAACCAUUCAACAGCUGAUGAGUAUCCGGGAGCACUCAGACUUGACACCAUCGGAACUUGAACAAUUCCGUGACAAUUUCGGCGGUCACGCCUAUCCAUGCCGCUUCCCUUCCUGUACCUACGCUAUAAAAGGCUUUGGAGAUAAUAACGAACGCGUCGCUCACGAAAUCGAACACACGCCGAGAUUCCCCUGUGUCGAGCCAGGUUGUCAAUACCCGCCAUUUGGUUCUAGCAGGGCCCUAAAAAGGCACCAGUCAGACUGCCACGGCAAACGCAAGAGGAAACUGAGGGUCAAAGCUGCCUUGCCUAACAUGGGAGAACGACGUGAAAUGGACUCUCGGCUUACCAGAUCUGGCACACACGAAGUCGGGCAUAAUAUGCCUUUCCAUUGUGACGUCCAAGGGUGCUAUCGAAAGGAGGGAUUCAACACCAUGUAUGAGCUCGACAGCCACAAGAGGUUCGUUCACAAAGACUCGCAAGGUGUUGGAGGAAUGCCUGUUGCUGUUCAAGGAGCUACUCAACAACCGGAAUAUCCUGCCGUCGGGCCUCCUCUCUUCUCUCCAAAGACAGAGGACUGGCAGUCUGUCGAUAUGCAGUCGGUACCUUCCAACAACCCCUUCCUCGAGUCUUCUCCUGUAUCUACUUCGCAAGCACCGUCUCAACCUAGCAACAGCUCAAAUGCUCCUGUUUUGCAUCACCUCAGGCCCGCGCAACAACAAAUAUUCAAGCAGGAGCAGCAAUUACAGCGCUACAAUACCCCACAAGAGAUCGCUGUGAUGCGCCAGCAGCAGCUCCUUCAAGAUCAACAGCUUGCUUUGCAGCAGCAGCGAUAUCGGCAGCAGGAGCAGAAAUAUCGGCAGCAGGAGCAGCAAGUUCUACAGCUGCACUUGCUGCUGCUGCAGCAGCAGCAGCAGGGACAAAGGCAAUAA